GUUAUACUGGGCAGACUGGUAUAACAUAUAAAUGGAUUGAGGUAGAUUCGACUGAAAUCAGAAGUGUCUGAACUUUGGGAAGAGAAAUAAUACCGGCUCCUAAAAACUAUAAUAACAACAUGAAACAAAUUCUAAUUAUUGGUCUGGCGAUUAUUGCUGUCGCCUCAGCUCGUGUUGUACGUGAAGUACCCAAAACCGAUGAUUUAUCGGAAAAAAUCGAUUCGGGUCUCAAGGAUGUGGAGAAGUUUGUCCAGGACCUAACUGGAUCCAAUACCGAUGAAAUGAAACAGAAGGCCGGCGAACAUGUAGAGUUUUUGGUCAAUCAAUUCCAUUUGUGGACUACCAAGCUGAAGGAGCAGGCCAAGGAAUUGGAAAACAAUGACAUUGUAAAGGAUUUACGCCACACCAUCGAUCAGGGCAUUGAAACCGUCAAGGAAAAUGUCGAUAGCCAAGUGGCCAAGUUUAAGGAGGAAAAACCAGAAGCCUAUAAUAAUAUCUCCCAGCAUGUCGACACCGUGAAAUCCACUUCAUCGGCGAUUAUUGCCAAAAUCGAAGAGCUGACAAAUACCGAGGAGGCCAAACAUUUGAAAGAGUCAUCAUUGAAAUUCAUCGACGAAGUCAAGAAGUCACUGCUGCCCGAACACAAGGAUGGUGAGAAGACAGAAUAAAUAGGUAUUAGUGAUUCGAAGUGUCAUGUCUUCAAACAAAAUAAAAAAUUGAAAUUUUUUUAAACAUUUAAAAAUCUAAAAUAAAGUUUUUGCAUAAUUGACCCAGUAA